AGCCGCCGCCAGAGCCGCCGCCAGAGCCGCCGAGGUGUCCUGAGGGAGCGGAGCUGCGCCGGGAUGGGUGAACUCAUCUUCUGGAGCCAAACCGUAGUACCUUGUACAUCACGUCAGUUCUGAGUGCUUGUUUGAGUUUGAACCUUACAGCAGAACCAAGAGAAGUGCCUGGAAGACAUGAUGGACUCCCCCUCUUUGGAGACUUUCACACAUCGGCUGGACAAUUGCUAUUUGGGGGAGUGGCCUUACUUUUGUGAAUGGGUCCAGAAACCAUGGCGAGCCCAGGGAAGGACAAUUACCGGAUGAAGAGCUAUAAGAACAAAGCACUUAACCCAGAAGAAAUGAGAAGGCGGCGAGAGGAAGAGGGAAUCCAGCUCCGUAAGCAGAAACGAGAGCAACAGCUUUUUAAACGAAGAAAUGUAGAACUAAUCAGUGAAGAUGCUGCCAUGUUUGACACACUACUCAUGGACUCCUAUGUCAGUUCCACCACUGGGGACAGAGUGAUCACAAGAGAGAUGGUGGAGAUGCUCUUUUCUGAAGACUCCGACCUGCAGUUAGCAACCACACAGAAAUUCCGCAAGCUGCUCUCAAAGGAGCCAAAUCCUCCCAUAGACGAGGUGAUUAAUACCCCUGGAGUAGUGGACAGGUUUGUGGAAUUUCUGAAGAGGAGCGAGAACUGCACAUUACAGUUUGAAGCUGCCUGGGCCUUGACCAACAUUGCCUCAGGAACCUCACAACAGACCAAAAUUGUCAUUGAAGCCGGAGCUGUCCCUAUCUUCAUAGAAUUACUGAACUCUGACUUUGAGGAUGUACAAGAACAGGCAGUCUGGGCCCUGGGAAACAUAGCAGGUGACAGCUCUGUCUGCAGAGAUUAUGUCUUGAACUGUGCCAUCCUCCCACCGUUGUUGAUACUCCUCACCAAAUCCACACGUGUGACGAUGACUCGGAACGCUGUCUGGGCCCUGUCAAACCUGUGCCGAGGAAAGAAUCCGCCCCCUGAGUUUGAGAAGGUGUCUCCCUGUUUGCCUGUGCUGUCCCGCCUGUUGUUCAGCAGUGACUCAGAUUUGCUGGCAGAUGCAUGUUGGGCCCUCUCCUAUCUGUCGGAUGGUCCCAAUGAGAAGAUCCAAGCCGUCAUAGACUCUGGGGUCUGUCGGAGACUGGUGGAGCUCUUAAUGCACAAUGAUUACAAAGUGGCCUCCCCCGCCCUUCGAGCAGUGGGCAACAUUGUCACUGGUGAUGACAUCCAGACCCAGGUGAUUCUUAACUGCGCAGCCCUACCUUGCCUCCUCCACUUACUGAGUAGCCCCAAGGAGUCAAUACGGAAAGAAGCUUGCUGGACAAUUUCAAACAUCACAGCUGGAAACAGGGCCCAGAUACAGGCUGUCAUAGAUGCAAAUAUUUUUCCUGUAUUGAUCGAGAUCUUGCAGAAAGCUGAGUUCCGCACAAGGAAAGAGGCUGCCUGGGCCAUCACCAAUGCCACAUCAGGGGGAACUCCUGAGCAGAUCAGGUAUCUGGUUACAUUGGGUUGCAUCAAACCUCUGUGUGACUUGCUGACUGUGAUGGACUCCAAGAUCGUACAGGUUGCCCUCAAUGGCCUGGAAAACAUCCUGCGGUUGGGUGAGCAAGAGGCUAAGCGGGCUGGCACAGGGGCCAACCCCUACUGUGGCCUUGUUGAAGAAGCUUAUGGCUUGGACAAAAUCGAGUUUCUCCAGAGCCAUGAAAACCAAGAGAUCUACCAGAAGGCCUUUGACCUCAUUGAGCACUACUUUGGCGUGGAAGAUGAAGACACAGGCCUGACUCCUCGGGUGGAUGAGACACAGCAGCAGUUCAUCUUUCAGCAGCCUGAGGCCCCCAUGGAGGGCUUCCAGCUAUAAUGCCUGCCUAGGGGAGGGGAGGGAGAAGAGAGGAGAGCACCACAGACUGGCCCAUAUGGUUCUUGCCAGUGGUGGCGGCAGCAGGGAGGGACAGCCAGGCUUUCUGCCUGGCCCUGGAGACUGCCCUUGCUGCCCACUCCUUCCCUCUCUUCCCAGGAGGCCCCUCUGAGGACAGGCCAAGGCCAAGGCUUUGCUUUCAUGGAGAGAAGGGGGCUUGUUUUUCCUCCUUACCCAUUAUAUUUUUUGCUGCAUACCUGUCUAACCCAGGAGCCCAGGGUGGAAAAAGGAGGACUGAGGUAACCAAUUUGCACCUUUUUUUUUUUUCUUUUGUGGUGAUUUUUCUCUUCGUCCUUCCUUUCGUCCCUCCCUGGCCCCUGCCCCAGGCUGUGUCAGUCUUACUUUGGGUACUUGAGCAGAUGGAAUAUUCCAGUGGGGGGCGGGGAGGGAGAGAAUCAAAAAAAAAAUGUGUUCAUGCUCUGAUGGAAUAUUAAUCCUGGAUGCUUGGAUUGAGUCAUUGAAGCUUUUUCUUUUUCCUUUUGCACAUUUUACUCGUAUUAUAAUUCCUCCUGGCAUUUUGGGGACAUCUUUGAGUCUCUAAGAGUAGGGUACCUGGCUCUAACCAGUGGCUGGUACACUAUGGCCAUGAUGUUACCAUUCUGAUUGCCUUCCCUUCUGCCUUUCUGCCUCCCCAGGGCUGGGGCUUAGGGGAACCAGUCCCACCUUCCUUGGUUUGGGAGAUGGGUCCACCUUAUGGUUACAAGGUUGGCCUCAGGAAAGGGGAUGGUUAAAGGCCCUCAGGUGAAAUGACCCAGAUGUAGCUACUGAUCCUGCUUUUCCAAAACUCCCUCCACCCAGCUGUCAAAAUGGUGCAACCCCUAACUUCAUUGUUUACUUGAAAUUCCCCCUCAGCGGAGAGCCCUGCCCUGAGGUGGCAACAUUUUCUCCUGAGUCCAUGGCGGGUAAGGGUCUCUUUCCUUUAUUGGGGGAAAGAAACAGGCCUCAGCCUGGUUUCCCACAGAGGGAAUGCAGGGAUGGCGACACGUAUCGGGAUUGCCAGAGACUUGUGUCUUUAGCCUUUCUUGCUCCUCCUCCACAGCUGGAUCAUGUUGAUUUUACUCACAAAGGAGAGAAUGUUGUCAAAGCUCUGUAUUUUUAAUAUUCUAUAUAUUAGGUAGGUGAGUCUUAAUUGGUUUGGGGAGGAAACAGAUCUAUGAGCUGUCUUAAUUUCUAUAAAUAGGAUGCUGUGAGGCAGACAGAGCCUGGUGACAAUAUCUCCCUCUCCCACUUAAUAGGUUCCAAUCCUUUUCCCUUCUUGCCUGAGCUCUGGUGGCCCAAAGCCAGAUCAGGCAUGAGUUGACCCAGGAUUUUCACCUAACCAAGCACAUGAAGAUGGCUUAGGGGGCAGUAAACAGAAGAUCUUGGAAGGGGAGGGAGCAGGGGAAGAAUGUGUUCCAUCUUAGUCCUGCUGUACUCUUAGUCACUCUGAAGUCAAAGAGCAGGCGGUCCUGACCAACCCCGGCUACCGUGAGCAUCUGAUGACCCAAGUAACCCCCCCCCCCCCAUCUAGAAUUUACAACAAAGAACAGCUGCCUCUUCACUUCCCAAAGCAAAAUCUCUGUUUCUUUGCCUAUAGCUGCAAAUAGGAGAUGCUUGCUGGUGACCAGGUGACUGUUUGAAGUAGUGAAGUCAGGGAACCAGAAGGGCUUAGGCUCUGGCCUCUGCACGGCUAUGUCACAACAAGGGCAGAUGGCUGAUAAACCUGACGCUCGGAUUUUAACAAGCCGAGCAAGUCUGCCUUCUAUUUAGUUGGUCAGAAUAAAUACUCUCUCAAUCUACACCUUCUCCCACUUUGAAAAAGAAAAAAGGAUGCAUUUGUACAAAUUGACCAUUUCUGUUGAUUUUUGAACACAAGACCACGAGCAGAGUUGUGUGCGUUGCCCUCUGUACCCCCAGGGCCUUUUAGGCAACAAGGCACCUGCUCUCUUCUGCUCUCUUGACCCAGGAAAGCCAAGGAGAAUCCACGUGUCCUCCCUCUCACAUCUUAAAGGGAGUGAUUGUUCCAUUGGCAAAGGGUGUCUUAUUUGUCAUCUUCUUCCCUCUCCCUCCCCCAAGAUAGAUCAGACUCUGGCAUGUCCUCGAAGCUGUUACAGCUGGCAGCUGUAGGUAAGAGGCACACAUCAAAGAUUUCCCUACUCUUUUAUAAACCAAUGAACUAUGAGCUGUUAUGGAAUCCAGCCCUGGAAGCCGGGGGGUGACUUCUCAGUUCCCCAGAAGGUAAGAGAACUGGAACUCUCUGUUCCCACAAGCCCUGUGUCAUUCACAAGAUUAUCCUCAAAUUAAGAGAAAAACUUUUUUUAUUGGUGUUUUUGAUCUGAAGAGUGACAGUAUUUCAGAAGAAUCCCAUGUUGAGCAGCAUCUCCGCCUCUAAAACUCCUUGUGAUUAAAAUAUCCUUUAUCUUAGGACCCCAAAACACGUCUGACUAUGAGCCCAGUGGUCCAUACAGCAGGGGAUUUGCAUGGUCUUCAGUCCAUUGCUCCAAGUCCACUUUAAGCACUUGAGAGCUAGGGAAACACCGACCACAGAUUGGCUUUAUCAGGCUGUUCUUUGGUGGUCAACAGUUCUCGUGCUUUUAUGAAGAUAGGGACUCCAUCUUCAUUCCUUGCUUGUAAGCUCUGGUUUGUCUCAUGCCUCACUUGGCGGACGCCUUCUUCUCUGGAUAGUUCUCAGCCCUUUUUUAUUUCUGACAAGGUUCCUGUACAUCCCAAAGUAGUCUUGCCUGCUAGCUCCUAUCACUAGUUUGUUGACAGUUUUGGCUGCUAAUGCCCUGGUCUCUAGGCCCCAGUCUCUGAAUGAGUCUGAGCUUGGGGGACUGGAAGGGUGAUGACGUGGAAGGUGAGGAAGUAGUCUGAGGAGGGAUGUAGAUCUGCAGACCUGUUAUUGAAGGAAAUCAAAGCAGCCUCCUUCGAAGUCAGCCUGUAGCAUUUUUCAGGACUUUUGAAUUUGAGUUUGGCAGGUAGAUGACCCAUAAUCAAAGACUUGGGUCUAAGUUUUUUUGUUAGUACUCCUAGAAAAUAUACACACGGACCUGAGGGGGUAGGAUGAUCUUUCUUAACUGAAUGAGCCCCUGAAUCAUCAGCUGCCUCAUCUCUCUGGUCCAUCCAGACCAAAUGGUCCAGUUCCAACCCCAUGAUCAUCGUGUCUGGACCCCUGAGGUCCAUGGCCCUCCUUCCCAAAUCGAUUCACACCUUUCUUUAGGUGCAAGUAGUGUUUUAUGGACCUUCUCGGCAUCUCUGUCCCACCUUCUUUCGGGACCUGCACUGAUUUUUGUCCUUUAUGAGCAGGGACAUGUGCCAAGGCCUCUCUCAAUUCCCAGGGAUCUAAGAAUCCCUCUCCCUAUCCCCAAGCAGCCCUUUGAAUUCUGAUUUAUUCUGCUUCAGAAAAGUCUUUGCCCAACCUAGAAGUUGUUUCUGUACCAGACUAUCUUCUCAACUUGGGGAGCGUUAUGGGGAGAUUCUGUUUAUGGAAGAAUUCAGUGUUCAUGAGACGUGUUCUUUAACACGUUCUUCCUUUCUGGGUCAGCACUGUAGGCAUGAGCAAGUCCCCAUGUGCUUUUGUAUCAUGAACUAGAGAAUCCAGUUGGUAUGACAGAUGCCGAGGUUUUGAAAGAAAACCCAACCUGAGAGAAGCCUACAGAUCCUGUGCUACAGGUGCCUCCGACCCCUGUACCUGCUUGGACUCCCUAAAUCACCUCUACCUUCUCCCUUCCUUCCCUGAGGUAUCUGAAAAAAAAGACAGUGGCCAACUGUGGGGCUGUGAGGGAACCUUGGCUCCUACCUUUGGAGCCAUCAGCUUCUGUAUUGUGCCAAAGUCACCAGCAUGUCCACUCUGUCCUUACCUGCCAGUGCCUCUCAGCCUUCUCCAUUGAUGGUACCCAUGCUACUGGGCGGGGGCUUCAAAUAGGUUGGGGCCUGGAAAUGGGAGAGAGGCACAUGGAGACAUGUGGCUAUAGCAUGCGCGCACGUGUGUGUGUGUCUGUGUCUAUGUGUCUGUGUCUGUGUGUGUAUACCUUCAGCUGUCCUCCCCAGCAGCCCUCUCCUCUGAGUGUUAGGGAUUGGAGGGUUGAUACGAUGAAUGCAUUUGCAUUCUGGAAAGAUCACGGGCUUGAGGCAAGUCAAUCAGGCUGGACCUUCUAGAAGCGAAAAUGGAGUAUGUUUUCAGCUCAGUCCUUUUGCACUGAUCCAGCUUCUUCUGUGUCUUAGCUUUGGGUUCUCAGUGACUUUAAAAUAGCAGCACAAAAUCCCAUGGCUACUGCCCAGGAACCCAGAGGAGAUUACCUUGUAUCCCACCUUGAGUCUCCAGCUGCAGGUUUUGCCCCAGACUUGUUCAUCAAGCAUCUGACAUUCCCAUCCCUAGCCAGAGCAAGAGGUAGAGAACCAGCAGGCCUUUCAGCAAGGUGAUCAGUAGAGAGCAAUGGACUGAGCUUGCCUUUGCUCUCCACCCUACCUCAGGGGUCACUUCAGGUGGCUUAUGAUAGACAUCUGGGGACCCCUAACCCUUCCUUUCUGCCAGUGCAGGACAAACAAUCCACCCUAUCCCUAGGGGUCUGCAAAACCUCUCUCUGAACAAUCCCAGGGUGGAGUUGGGGUCAUUAUUUCAAGGGUCAAGAGAGAUUUGUAUAGAAAGAGAUACACACAAAUCUGGGACCCUCUGCCUCACAACUGUCAAUGUCCGAGCUUAGCUUUCACAAACUUAUUCCCUUCCAAGAGAAGAAUCACAGACUCUGAAACCAGUUUUGGCCAAGGAAUGGGGGCUGGGGUUCAUUGUUACUGGAUGUUUACUGACCACAGUCUAUGGCAUCUUUCUCCUACAAACCACUAGGGAAGAGAAGAGUGAGUGAAACAAGCUUAUGCCCUAGGCAGGUUCCCUCCCUCCCCUCCAGAAGCCAGCCCAGAAAUGUUGGCUGGUUUUCCCUUUUUACUCAAGUGUUUAUUUUUCUCUGUGGUUUUUCAGCACAUCUGGCUAUCUCACCUUCCACCCACAAACUCAGAUAAGAAAUUCUUAGAGGCCCUUUGGCAUUCAUUAGCCACAGCUGGGUAAUUCUAGACUGGACACAGGGCAAAGACAGACCGUGGAGUUGAGCUCGAUGAGUACAGACUUAAUUAACAAAUGAUAUUUAUAUACACAUCAAUUUGAAGAGAAAAAAAUGUAUUUCUUUAGGUUUCAAACACUGUGUAACAAAUAUAAUGGAAAAAUAAAGACCUGUUGAAAAGUU